UGUUGCUCCUCGUCCUCUGGCUGCACAGCACCGAGAGGAGCCUGGCCUCAUCCGUGUGCCUCCACCUCCUUUUAGAGACCAACGCAGCUGCCCCAUGGCCAGGGGGAACCAGACUCAGGUGACAGAGAUCCUUCUGCUGGGCUUUUCCCAUGGCCGGCCCUUCCUCUUCCUCCUUUUCCUGGCCACAUACCUGGUCACGCUGCUGGGGAACUCUGCAAUACUCGCCCUCGUGCUCCUGGACCCCCAUCUCCACAACCCCAUGUAUUUCUUCCUCAGCCACCUCUCCUGGUUGGACAUCUGCUACUCCACAGCGACGGUGCCCAAGGUCCUGGCCAACAGCCUUCGCCCGCGGGCCGCCAUCUCCUACCGCGGCUGCCUGGCUCAGAUCUUCUUCCUGAUGAGCUGCGUGGGUGCCGAGUGCGCAUUGCUGGCCGUCAUGGCUUACGACCGCUACGCAGCCAUCGUGCACCCCCUGCACUACACGCACACCAUGCCGAGGGCUGUGUGCCGGGCCAUGGCUGCGGGCUGCUGGCUGUGGGGAGCGCUGGACUCGGCGGUGCACACGCUGCUGGCCUCCCAGCUGUCCUUCUGCAGAGCCGUUCACCUGCAGCACCUCUUCUGCGACGUCCCCCCGCUGCUCAGGGCCGCCUGCGGCAACACGCGGCCCAGCGAGGCGGCUCUGCACGCCUCCAGCGUCUUCGUGGGCUUCUGCCCCUUCCUGCUGGUGCUCGGCUCCUACCUGCGCAUCCUGGUGGCCGUGCUGGCCAUGCCCGCAGCCGCUGGCCGACGCAAGGCUUUCUCCACCUGCUCUGCCCACCUGCUGGUGGUCACGCUCUACUUCGUGACGGCCAUCCUCAACUACAACCGGCUCGGCACCACCAGCGUGGUGGUGUCGGCGUUGUUCUGCAUCGUCACCCCUGCGCUGAACCCCUUCAUCUACAGCCUCCGCAACCAGGAGGUGCAGGCGGCCCUCAGGAGGGUCCUGCGCUGGCGGUGUGGCUCCCGGGGCUGCGGGGCUGAUGUGGGGCUGCGUCCACAGGGAGGGGGAAUCGCGGGGCUGUAG